AUUUCAAAGAUGUCUCUGUGCUGCUCAACCUGUGACGGCAGUGAAGAAAACUGCAACCCAGACUAAGCACUGUUUGAACUUUAACUCAAAGAAAAGAUCUGACAGGUUUAGUCUUCACUCUGAAAGGAAGAAGGACGAGGCUAAUCCAUAACACUUAUUUUUCAAAAUAUGAUCUGGAUCUUAUUAUAUAUAUAUGGUACCCUAAGGAACUGAACAAAGGACAGUAAUAGGAACCCAGGUUGACAUAAAAAGGACCAUGUCGCCCUUAGUGGUUCUAUUGAUUGUUAUAGGAUUGUUGGGGCCAACAUGUGAAAAUCUAAAUAAUGUGUCUGAUUCAGUUUCACAUCAUAAGCGAUCAGCAGACCAAAGCGCCAACAACAGGACCCAGGUGAAUAACAGCGCACUGGAAUAUUGGCCUGUGGCCAACCGUACAGAUAUUAAAACUUUUAGGAAAGGAUCACUAGUUAUUUCCAGACAGUACUGGUACCCCGUUUUAGAAAUAGCCAUUAAAAAAAGCCCCACAUCCCCUGCAAUAACCCCAGCCACAACACCAACAGAGUCAUUCAACUCAUCACCAGUAACAACUAUGUUGCCCACUUCAUUUUUCCCAACAACUGCACAAACAACCACUUCAGGGCCAUCAACAACCAAAACAACAAUGUCUACAAUUUCACUAGAGCCCCUAAUUACCAGCACUCAAGCACAUAUCAGCAAACAGAAGACCACUCCAAGUGAAAUCUCAGAAACCACAACAGAGCUUCAAACUUCAGCACUGCCACCAACAAUCACCACUCCAACAAUAAUCUUACCAACUACCAACUCAAGACAACAAACAACCAUCACACAUACUACAACUUCAACAACGCUACCAAAAACUACCACUUCAAACCAUAUAACAUUAGAAACUCCAACAUCAGAGGGUGCUACAACCAUUACGCAGACAGCCACUGUAAAGGAUGGCUCAAAUGCUCCAAGGGUAACAACAACUGCCAUUUCAUCCGCAAGUCUACCUGCUACAUCAAGAGCAGGAGUAAGUUUUGAAAGUACAACAGCUGAAAGAACAUCCAUAACUGCAUCACCGGUAUCAGAUACUACUUUAUGGUCUGCAGUGGCACCAGGAACAACAAUGGCAGCAACAAAAAUUGUAAUACCCCAAACAGGGGCCGUGACAACAAUUCAGCUUACACAAACAGUAUCUACAACAGAGGCAGUGUCAAGCAAUGCAGUACAAUCUGCAAUAACAGAGUCAUCAUCACCUCAAGUCACAACAGAACCUUUAACAACCAAAACAGUUUCAAUAACACCAAAUGAAACAACAGUGUCUGCAUCAGAAACAGCACCGCCAACAACAAAAUUACCAUCAUCUAAUGCGAUUUUUACAGCUGCCGAGGCAACAAGUGCAACUACUUUAACAUCAACAGGAGCAUCAUCAGCAUUGCCAGCAACGUUUGGGGCACAACCACAGCAGCAACUGUUAGCAAUGAACCAGAAUCAACCAAGAACACACUAGCUGUGGGUCCAUCUACUGUGUUACAUACUGUGGCACGAGAUACAGUCACAACAACAUCGACAAGCUUAGCAGAGGCUACUACUGCACCCAAAGCUUCAACCUUGGUACAAGUGACAUCUCAAGUCACACCAGAACCCUCAACAGUCCAAAAGGAAACUACAACAUUAAUGUCAGUAAAGCCAGUAACAUCAGAAGUCUCCACCACUGUCGAAAGAGUGACACAAGAACCUACAACGCAUGCUGACACUGGUUCUUCAUCAGCAGGAAUAACUACAUUGACAGCAUCUGGUACAACAAAAUCAACAUUUGCUCCUACUACAGUAGCACCAAAAACAGAGGGAUCAUCACCUUUACCUGAAACAGGUGAAGUAAAGACAACAACUGCAAGAACAUCCGGAACUACAGAAUCAUCUGCAGAAGCCCCAACAUCGUUGGUACGAACAAUAAGUGCAACUACUGCAGCAUCAGCAGGAGUGACAUCAGCAUUGCCAGCAACAGCACUGGGCUCAACCACAGCAGCAACUGUUAGCAAUGAACCAGAAUCAACCAAGAACACACUAGCUGUGGGUUCAUCUACUGUGUUACAUUCCGUGGCAGUAGAUACAGUCACAACAACAUCGAUAACAAGCUUAGCAGAGUCUACUACUGCACCCAAAGCUUCAACAUUGGUACCAGUGACAUUUCAAGUCACAAAAGAACCCUCAACAGUCCAAAAGGAAACUACAACAUUAAUGUCAGUAAAGCCAGUAACAUCAGAAGUCUCCACCACUGUCGAAAGAGUGACACAAGAACCUACAACGCAUGCUGACACUGGUUCUUCAUCAGCAGGAAUAACUACAUUGACAGCAUCUGGUACAACAAAAUCAACAUUUGCUCCUACUACAGUAGCACCAAAAACAGAGGGAUCAUCACCUUUACCUGAAACAGGUGAAGUAAAGACAACAACUGCAAGCACAUCCAUAACUAGAGAAUCAUCUGCAGAAGCCCCAACAUUAUUGGUACGAACAACAAGUGCAACUACUGCAGCAUCAGCAGGAGUGACAUCAGCAUUGCCAGCAACAGCACUGGGCUCAACCACAGCAGCAACUGUUAGCAAUGAACCAGAAUCAACCAAGAACACACUAGCUGUGGGUUCAUCUACUGUGUUACAUUCCGUGGCAGUAGAUACAGUCACAACAACAUCGACAACAAGCUUAGCAGAGUCUACUACUGCACCCAAAGCUUCAACCUUGGUACCAGUGACAUUUCAAGUCACAAAAGAACCCUCAACAGUCCAAAAGGAAACUACAACAUUAAUGUCAGUAAAGCCAGUAACAUCAGAAGUCUCCACCACUGUCGAAAGAGUGACACAAGAACCUACAACGCAUGCUGACACUGGUUCUUCAUCAGCAGGAAUGACUACAUUGAGAGCAUCUGGUACAACAAAAUCAACAUUUGCUCCCACUACAGCAGCACCAAAAACAGAGGGAUCAUCAUCUUUACCUAAAACAGGUGACGUAAAGUCAACAACUGCAAGCACAUCCAUAACUAGAGAAUCAUCUGCAGAAGCCCCAACAUUAUUGGUACGAACAACAAGUGCAACUACUGCAGCAUCAGCAGGAGUGACAUCAGCAUUGCCAGCAACAGCACUGGGCUCAACCACAGCAGCAACUGUUAGCAAUGAACCAGAAUCAACCAAGAACACACUAGCUGUGGGUCCAUCUACUGUGUUACAUACUGUGGCAGGAGAUACAGUCACAACAACAUCGACAACAAGCUUAGCAGAGUCUACUACUGCACCCAAAGCUUCAACCUUGGUACAAGUGACAUCUCAAGUCACACCAGAACCCUCAACAGUCCAAAAGGAAACUACAACAUUAAUGUCAGUGAAGCCAGUAACAGUGGCCCAUACAUCAGAAGUCUCCAUCACCGUCGAAAGAGUGACACAAGAACCUACAACGCAUGCUGACACUGGUUCUUCAUCAGCAGGAAUAACUACAUUGACAGCAUCUGGUACAACAAAAUCAACAUUUGCUCCCUCUACAGCAGCACCAAAAACAGAGGGAUCAUCAUCUUUACCUAAAACAGGUGACGUAAAGUCAACAACUGCAAGCACAUCCAUAACUAUAGAAUCAUCUGCAGAAGCCCCAACAUUAUUGGUACGAACAACAAGUGCAACUACUGCAGCAUCAGCAGGAGUGACAUCAGCAUUGCCAGCAACAGCACUGGGCUCAACCACAGCAGCAACUGUUAGCAAUGAACCAGAAUCAACCAAGAACACACUAGCUGUGGGUUCAUCUACUGUGUUACAUUCCGUGGCAGUAGAUACAGUCACAACAACAUCGACAACAAGCUUAGCAGAGUCUACUACUGCACCCAAAGCUUCAACCUUGGUACCAGUGACAUUUCAAGUCACAAAAGAACCCUCAACAGUCCAAAAGGAAACUACAACAUUAAUGUCAGUAAAGCCAGUAACAUCAGAAGUCUCCACCACUGUCGAAAGAGUGACACAAGAACCUACAACGCAUGCUGACACUGGUUCUUCAUCAGCAGGAAUGACUACAUUGAGAGCAUCUGGUACAACAAAAUCAACAUUUGCUCCCACUACAGCAGCACCAAAAACAGAGGGAUCAUCAUCUUUACCUAAAACAGGUGACGUAAAGUCAACAACUGCAAGCACAUCCAUAACUAGAGAAUCAUCUGCAGAAGCCCCAACAUUAUUGGUACGAACAACAAGUGCAACUACUGCAGCAUCAGCAGGAGUGACAUCAGCAUUGCCAGCAACAGCACUGGGCUCAACCACAGCAGCAACUGUUAGCAAUGAACCAGAAUCAACCAAGAACACACUAGCUGUGGGUCCAUCUACUGUGUUACAUACUGUGGCAGGAGAUACAGUCACAACAACAUCGACAACAAGCUUAGCAGAGUCUACUACUGCACCCAAAGCUUCAACCUUGGUACAAGUGACAUCUCAAGUCACACCAGAACCCUCAACAGUCCAAAAGGAAACUACAACAUUAAUGUCAGUGAAGCCAGUAACAGUGGCCCAUACAUCAGAAGUCUCCAUCACCGUCGAAAGAGUGACACAAGAACCUACAACGCAUGCUGACACUGGUUCUUCAUCAGCAGGAAUAACUACAUUGACAGCAUCUGGUACA